CGCCGACGCCCAAGAUGGCGGCAGGAUUGAAAAGUUGGUGCCGGGGCGGCGGCGGCGGCGGCGCUUUUUCGGGCUCGGCUUGACGCCUCCGGGGCGGCGAUGGCGGGGCAGUGAAGGGCGAGGGGAGCCCGGCGGGGAAGAUGCCUCCGGGCCCCGCCUGAGACAUGGAGGAGGAAGGCAAGAGGGGCAAAAAGCCUGGGAUCGUCUCCCCGUUCAAGCGAGUCUUCCUGAAGGGGGAGAAGGGGCGCGACAAGAAAGCCCAGGAGAAAGUCACCGAACGGCGGGCUUUGCACACGGUCCCGUUGGCUUUGCCGGAUCGCUUUGAGCCGGACGUCCUCUUGAACGACUACAUCGAGAAGGAAGUGAAGUAUUUGGGUCAAAUAACGUCGGUUCCAGGAUAUCUGAAUCCCUCCAGCCGUACCGAAAUUCUUCAUUUAAUCGACACUGCAAAGCGGGCUCACCAGCUUCCUGGCCAGUUGACCCAUGAGCACGACGCCGUGGUCAGCGUCUCGGCUUACAACGUCAAGCUCCUCUGGCGUGACGGCGAGGACCUCAUCCUCCGGGUGCCCAUCCAUGACAUCGCGUCGGUGUCGUAUAUCCGAGACGAUUCCUCCCAUCUGGUGGUGUUGAAAACAGCUCAGGACCCCGGCAUCUCCCCCAGCCAGAGUCUUUGUGCCGAAAGCUCCAAAGCUCUGACCUCCGGCUCUCUUUCGGAGAGUGGCGUGGUGCCCGUCGAAGCUUGUUGCCUGGUGAUCCUUGCCACAGAGAAUAAGGUCACUGGUGAGGAACUCUGCUCCCUUCUCAGCCAAGUCUUCCACAUCGUUUACACGGAAUCUACUAUAGACUUCCUGGACAGAGCGAUCUUUGAUGGGGCCACCACACCCACGCGGCAUCUCUCCAUACACAGCGACGAUUCGUCGACCAAAGUGGACGUCAAAGACCCCUACGAAACUGAAGCCAGCACGUUCUCUUUCCCAGAAUCCUUAGAUACGGGGUGCAACUCCCCCACCUCCUUCUCUGCCCAGCCAUCGCCCCCCGCCAAAACAGCCAGCGACAGCGAGCUGAGCACGACAGCCACGGAACUCCUGCAGGACUACAUGAUGACGUUACGGACGAAGCUUUCCUCGCACGAGAUCCAACAGUUCGCCAUGCUUCUGCACGAGUACCGCAACGGGGCCUCCGUCCACGAGUUCUGCGUCAACUUGCGACAUCUUUACGGGGACAGCCGGAAAUUCCUUCUGCUGGGUCUCCGUCCCUUCAUCCCCGAGAAGGACAGCCAGUACUUCGAGAACUUCCUCGAGACUAUCGGCGUGAAGGACGGACGGGGAAUCAUCACGGAUAGCUUCGGCCGGUACCGGUGGACGGUGAGAUCCGCCUCCAACUCCGCCACCAACGGCAAUGGCGCCACCGGAAGCUCCGAUGACCAGUCGGCGCCGUCGGAGGGCGACGAGUGGGACCGGAUGAUCUCCGACAUCAGCAACGACAUCGAAGCCUUGGGGUGCAGCUUGGAUCAAGAUUCGUCGUGAUCCGGGCAAGGAUGCCGAGAGACAUUGGGACUUUCGAUUCUCGCGCCUUCCCCCUUUCUUUUUCCUCUUGUCUCGUUUCCCAAAGUUUCGACGAGACUCUCAGUCCCCGGCCAUUUCUCUAAGCAUGAGUGCCCAUCGCUAUGUGUGUGUGUCUGUGUGUGAGUGAGUGGAUUGUGGAGAAGACACAAACCCCAGGAAGAUCUUCAGAAGCUUCUUGGAGGGGGGGGGGGCUAUUCCCCGCCUCAUGGUUUUCCGCACCUUUCUAAUGCUUGUGUGGACGUCUGAAUGCGUGUUCCUGGACGUUUCUCGCGGUUGAAAUUCCAAGCGGUUGUCCUUACAUUUCAAGUGCAGGAGGAGAUCUGGCGGAGAAGCUGUUGAGGUGCUCCAGAGCUCCAUCCGCUGGUGGGAAGAUGAGCUCCUCCCAUCGACACCAGCGGGCUGAUCUUCCUGGGAGUCGUUUGGGAGGUCCAUAAGUCUGGUGGGAGGGCAGUGAAUUCGAACUCGGGGCUCCCUACGGGCAGGCGGGUUGACCUCAGGGAGGGUGGAGAACCUGGUUGAGAAACCAGGUCUCCUUCAAGACAAGCCGCAGCUCCUUUGCUUGUCCACGUGGGUCCAAACCUUCCCCGAUCUUGGCCAAAUUCGGUCUGUUCCAAGCGGCCGGACCUCAGUGAGGAGCCUUGCUUUCCUCGAACAAGCAGGGCAUUGUGUGAGGUUGUGGGUACGGGUGUCUCGUGGUGGACUUCCAUCAAGAACUUGAUUUGAGAACCAACAACGCGAACGAGACAUUUUAAAUCCUGGUUUAUUUUAAGAAGCAAAGGCAAUAUAUACAUAUGUACAUGUGUUGUAUAUAUUAUACAUACAAAUGCACAGAUAUUUUUCUAAGCGUGUUUCACGCCGCCAAGAGCUCUCUGGGCUUCGAUAAACUGACAUGUAUGCUCUUUUAGCCCUUUGGGGAGACGGACAUCUGUGUCUUUAUUUUUUAUUUUUUUUUAAAGCGCACCAAAGAUU